AUGGCUUUGAAGAAGAAUAACACAACAGUGACAGAAUUUAUUCUCUUGGGCUUUUCUCAGAGUGCAAAGAUUCAAUCCAUCCUCUUUUUCAUUUUUCUCUCCAUGUACAUCUUAACCUGGAUUGGGAACCUCAUCAUUAUCAUUACUGUGAUUUACACGCCUGUUCUCCACACACCCAUGUACUUUUUUUUAGCCAACCUGGCUGUCAUAGACAUCAGUGACUGCUCUGUGACAGCACUCAAAAUGCUGUGGGACUUAAUCUCUCAUACAAAUUCCAUCUCCUUCAACUGGUGCAUUGCGCAAAUGUUUUUCUUUCAUUGCACAGGAGGGGCUGCUGUCUUCUUCCUAGUUGUAAUGGCUGUAGACCGAUACAUAGCUAUCUACAGACCACUACGAUAUUUGCUUAUCAUGAACCAAGGAGUUUGCAUUGGUUUAGUGUCAGGAGCAUGGCUGGGUGGUUUUGCUCAUUCCAUGGUCCAGGUAGUGGUUAUACUUCAGUUGUCUUUCUGUGGACCAAAUAUCAUAGACAAUUUCUACUGUGAUGUUCCACAGGUGGUCAAACUGUCUUGCACAAAUACAUAUGUUGCAGAAUUGCUGAUGGCUUGUAACAGUGGCCUUCUCCUCACAUUAAUUUUCUGUAUUUUACUUGUGUCAUAUGCUGUAAUUCUACUAAAGAUUAGAAUGCAUGUGACAGAAGGCAAAAACAAAGCCCUGUCUACAUGCUCUGCACAGAUCAUUGUCAUGAGCUUACAUUUUGUUCCGGCAAUGUUCAUUUAUGACCGCCCUUUCUGGGUAUCUCCAAUAGACAAAAUAACCUCAGUGUUGUACACAGCAAUCACUCCAGUGCUAAAUCCAAUUAUCUUUACGCUAAGAAACACAGAAAUGAAUAAUAGUAUUAGAAAAUUGAUAGAAAAAAUUAAGUUAUCCAAGUCAAAACAAUGA